AUGCGAUACGAUCGACGUUCGGCAGGGCCACCACUCACACCACUCGCGUCACCUGCUGCGCGCCGUUUCUUUACCUUACCCAAUCUCACACCAUUCUACUGCUCAAGGUACUCCAACCAGCGAAGGGGAGGUGGUGGUUACGACAUCGACGGCGAUGACGUCCACUAUCCCACCCGUCCCGUUGACAAGGACAAGGCAGACCACGAACUCGUCAUAAACAUCAAGAAAGCUACAAGUCCGGAAGAGUCUGCUCCUAAACAGAAGCAUGUUCGAAAAUGCAUUGUCUACACAUGGGACUAUCACAGUUCUAUGGCCUUCUGGACAGGACUUCGAGUCCAACCGAUCUUAUCAGACGAAGUACAAACGUUCAAGGCGUUGAUUACUGUGCACAAAGUACUCCAGGAGGGGCAUCCAGUUACAAUUAAAGAAGCGCAUGGUCAGACCGGCUGGCUCGAGACUUGCGCACGAAGUGUAGGAGCUGAUGGAAUGCGAGGUUAUGGGGCACUAAUUCGGACAUACGUUGCGUUCCUUUUGUCCAAGCUGAGGUUCCAUCGCGUGAGACCAGAGUUCAAUGGUCUCUUUGAAUACGAAGAAUAUGUCACGCUCAAAGGGAUUGACGAUCCAAAUGAAGGUUAUGAGACUAUCUCCGAUCUUAUGGGCCUGCAAGAUCAGAUUGACUCCUUCCAACGCAUGGUAUUUGCCCAUUUCCGCAAUUCUGCCAACAACGAAUGCCGCAUUUCGGCAUUGGUACCCCUUGUCAAGGAGAGUUGGGGGAUAUACCGAUUCAUUACUAGCAUGCUACGUGCGAUGCACCGACGGGCGGAUGAUGUCGAUGCUUUGGAGCCAUUACGCGCCCGUUAUGCCGCACAACACCACAAUCUACGCAAGUUCUACUACGAAUGUUCCAAUCUAAAAUACUUGACUGGCCUAAUUAAUGUUCCGAAGCUCGGUCAGGAACCACCGAAUCUCAUGGACAACGGCAACGCGCCAGAUUUACCCGCUCGGCCUACAACGACCGCAGUUAAGACACCGCCUCCCGCCACCCCUGCACCUGACGUCAAUGAGCAGGCCCGUAUACUGAAGCAAUACGAAGAACAGCAGGCUGCUCUUCAAGCGCAACGAGACGCUGAUGAUCGUGCUCGUCAGGAGCGGGAGCUCGCUCAGCAGAGAGAAUUCGAGGCUCGCCAGCGAGAACAGGUGGAACGCGAAAGACUCGCCCAAGAACAACUCAUGCAGCAACAAUUGGCUCAGUACAGCAAUCAGGCUGCACAACGGGUCAAUGAACUUGAGCGCGAACUACUUGGCAUGCGUGGACAGUAUGAAAGGGAUCAGUUGCUUCUUGAACAAUAUGAUCGGAGAGUAAAAGCACUAGAAGGCGAGAUGAGCUCUAUGAGCAUGAACGUCGGGUCUCAGAUGGCCUCAAAGGACGAGCUAAUCAAGCAGCUCCAAGAUCAAGUCACGCUUUGGCGUAACAAGUAUGAGGCACUUGCUAAGUUGUACAGCCAACUUCGCACGGAGCACCUGGACAUGCUUUCCAAGUUCAAACAGCUGCAGCUCAAGGCCAACUCGGCUCAGGAGGCUGUCGAUAAGAUGGAGCGUAUGGAGCGCGACAUUAAAGCGAAAAAUCUUGAAUUAGCGGAUAUGAUUCGUGAGAGAGACCGUGCACGUUUUGAUCUAGAUCGUCAAAAAGCCAGCCAUAAAGACGAGCUUGACCGCCUGAAACGCGAGAUCAACUUUGCAAACGAACGUGCAGAGGAUGCGACGAGAUCACGAAGCUCUGAGGUGUCGAGUGUGCUUAGUAAAUACAACAGGCAACUGACCGAGCUUGAAGAUUCUCUGAGGGCUAAGCAAAUUCAGAUCGAUGACCUCCUGAAGAAGAUUGAUGACUCCAGCCUGGAGGCCGACCGUAUCCGUGAGGAAAAGGACCAGGAGAUCGCCAUUCUCCAAGAAGGCAUGGACGCCACUAUUCAACAACUCCAUGAAGCGCAGCAGACUCAGGGCAUCGUUGAUCAAACCACAAAUGCACAGAUUGAUACUCUGAUCCUAGACAACAGGAAGAAGCUUAACCAGAUAAUCGAUUCCAUAUUGCAGGCGUGCGUACAGAAGAUUGACGACGCGAUUUAUGAGUUGGAAUCCCCGGCCCAAGCGGGCAACCUUAAUUCGACUCCAGAGUAUACGCUAUCCAUGAUUGAGAAGGCUGUGAAUAAUGCGACUGAUUUUGCCACUGUUUACAACCUCUAUAUCGGGGGCGAGGUUGGCGGGGAUCAUGUGGAAGUCAUCAAGACUGCGAAUGAGUUUGCUCAGUCCUUGUCUGACGUACUGAUCAAUACGAAGGGCGUUACUCGUCUGGCUAACGAUGACGAUGCUUCCGACAAAAUUGUGAACGUGGCCAAGACUGCUGGCGAUGUCGGACUACGGUUCUUCCUUAACCUGCAGUCAUACAAAAUGGAAUUAGUGCCCAAGGGUCAGAAACACGAUAUUGCAACUCGCAAUAAUGUCGAGACAAGGGGUGCAUUAGCCAAGCUAUCAGAACUAAUCGAUAAUCUCAUUCCAAAAGGUACCAAAGGCGGAGCACUUGCUAAGGCGAACGGUGAUAUCGGCGACCUCGUCGAGAGGGAAAUGUUGGGUGCUGCUCAAGCAAUUGAAGCCGCUACAGCGCGCCUGCAAGAACUUAUGGCCCGACCACGGGACUCUUCACGUUUCAGCGUUGUUGACUUGCAAGUACACGACUCGAUUCUAUCGGCUGCAAUGGCGAUUACAAACGCUAUCGCGAGGCUCAUACAGGCUGCGACGGAGUCACAGCAGGAAAUCGUUGCUCAAGGAAGAGGGUCUAGUACAAAGCAGCAGUUCUACAAACGGAACAACCGAUGGACGGAGGGUCUCAUCUCCGCCGCAAAGGCCGUCGCUUUCGCUACAAACCUACUCAUCGAGAGCGCAGACGGUGUACUCUCCGGUACUCACUCUCUCGAGCAACUCAUCGUCGCAUCAAACGAAGUAGCCGCCGCGACUGCCCAACUCGUCGCCGCCUCUCGCGUGAAAGCCUCUCUGAUGUCCAAGACGCAAGAACGUCUCGAGUUGGCUGCGAAGGCAGUGACAGAGGCCUGCAAGGCACUCGUGCGGCAAGUCAAGGCCGUAUCUACAAAGCAAGCCGAGGAAGACAUUCCAGACUUCAAGAACAUGGCUGUUCUAGAGUUCAAGCGCCGGGAGAUGGAACAGCAGGUCGAGAUUCUCAAGUUGGAGAAGGAACUUGGUGCCGCUCGGCAUCGUUUGGGUGCUAUGAGAAGGGCUGGGUAUCACACGGACGAGACCGAUUGAGAAGCAGGAACUUAAGGAACAAGGGGAUAAUUGGAAGUGUGGGGAGGGAAAAGAACUCUUCUUACGAAUCACAUAUUUCAUACUCUUUAAUCUUGGCUCUGUUUUUUUCUUCAUCUUCCUUCCUUCCUUUCGUCAUGUAACGUACAAGUCUAAAACGGAGUAUCUUCUCAUCAAUUUAUCC